UAAAUGCUUCUACUUUCAUUUGCAAAAUUAACAGUUUAAAAAUGAGUUCAAUGACGAGGCCUCAUGCCGUUUGUAUUCCUCUUCCAGCGCAAGGCCACAUAAACCCAAUGCUCAAACUUGCAAAACUCCUCCACUUCAAAGGCUUUUGCAUCACCUUCGUGCACACGGAGUUUAACGCCCGGCGUUUACUAUCUAGUCUAGAUGACCUCCAGAGCUCAAACGAUUUCCGGUUUGAGACCAUAUCCGAUGGCUUACCACCAACGAACGAACGAGGGAUACUUGACCUCCCGGAGUUGGUCACAAAGAUACAGGUCGAUGGCCAGCGCUCGUUCAGAGACCUCGUCACUAAACUCAAUCAUGCUUCAUCAUUAGAUCAUCAUGUGCCUGCCGUCAGCUGUAUUAUUUCUGAUGGAGUGAUGGGAUUUACUUUACUAGUUGCUCAAGAAUUUGGCAUCCCAGAGAUGUUUUUUUUUACUCCUAGUGGUUGUGGUAUGCUGGGGUAUUUACACUAUGAAGAUCUAGUAGAAAGAGGCUAUUUUCCAUUGAAAGACGAGAGCCAAUUGAGCAAUGGCUUUCUUGAUACGGGGAUUGAUUGGAUACCAGCAAUGAAAGGAAUUCGUUUGAAAGAUCUGCCCACCUUCUUACGGACCACGGAUAGUGAUGAUACAAUGUUCAACUAUAAUCUACAAGUAGUUAACAUUGCUAUGAAAGCUCAAGGUGUAAUCCUCAACACAUUCGACGAACUGGAGCAAGAAGUUUUGGACGUGAUCAAAACCAGGUUCCCCAACCUCUACACCAUUGGUCCGCUUUCACUGCUUCAACAUCACCUCUCCGCGACUCAUUACUUGGACUCGAUCAAAGCCAAUUUGUGGACGGAAGACGAGAAAUGUUUGGAUUGGUUAGACAAAAGACCGCGACAAUCAGUGGUUUAUGUGAACUAUGGAAGCCUAGUGAUCAUGACAAAGGAACAAUUGGCCGAGUUUGCAUGGGGGCUUGCUGACAGCAAGUAUCCAUUUCUGUGGGUGAUGAGGCCAAAUCUGGUGGAUGGUGGGGAAGAGAUCAUAUCAAGCUUGAAUUUCAUGGAGGAAACAAAGGAUAGAGCUUUGUUUUUGGAAUGGGGCCCACAGGAGAAAAUUCUCAGCCACCCUUCAAUUGGAGGCUUUCUAACACAUUGUGGUUGGAAUUCCACAUUGGAAAGCAUUUGUGAGGGAGUGCCCUUAAUUUGUUGGCCCUUUUUUGCAGAACAACAAACCAACUGCUUUUACUUGUGUAAUAAGUGGGGGUUUGGGAUGGAGAUUGACACACAGGUUGAGAGGGACAAGGUUGGGAAGCUUGUGAGGGAAUUGAUGGAGGGUGAUAAAGGGAAGGAGAUGAGGGAAAAGAGUAAGGAAUGGAAGAAGAAAGCAGAAGCAGCUACGACACCUGGUGGGUCUUCUUACACUAACUUUGAUGUGUUGAUUAAGCAGCUCAAACAGUAGGAUCUAAUGUCUAACAAACAUUCUUGUAAGGAUUGCUGAGACGAAAAAAAUCUCAAACUAUCUAAGUCAAAAUUUUACUUUGAGUCCC